ACAAAUAAUAAAUGACAAGAUAUAUUUUGUGUAUAAAUGAGACUACAAGAGAUCAUGAAAGCAAAACUCAAAUCGCAAUGGCACCCACAUCUCCUCUUCUUACUCCAUACAAAAUGGGCAACUUCAAUCUCUCUCAUAGGGUUGUGCUUGCACCGUUGACAAGAAAUAGAUCGUAUGGCAAUAUGCCGCAACCACACGCCAUUUUGUAUUACUCUCAACGGGCAACCAAAGGUGGCCUUCUUAUCGCCGAAGCAACUGGGGUCUCAGACACGGCCCAAGGAUAUCCUGAAACACCUGGGAUUUGGACGAAAGAGCAAGUGGAGGCAUGGAAACCGAUCGUGAAUGCUGUGCAUGACAAGGGUGGCAUAUUCUUUUGUCAGAUUUGGCAUGUAGGUCGCGUAUCAAACUAUGGAUUUCAACCCAAUGGGCAAGCUCCGGUAUUUUCAACAGACAAAGGAAUCACACCGGGCCUAGACGGUGGAGACUGGUCUCCUCCUCGUAGACUAAGAACCGACGAAAUCCCAGCCCUAAUUAACGACUUCAGGCUAGCAGCACGUAACGCCAUUGAUGCAGGAUUCGAUGGAGUCGAAAUCCACGGAGCAAAUGGAUACAUCAUUGACCAGUUCUUGAAAGAUCAGGUGAACGAUAGAACCGAUCAGUACGGAGGAACCCUAGAAAACCGAUGUCGCCUCGCCCUAGAAAUUGUGGAAGCAAUAGCGAACGAGAUCGGAGGUGACAAAGUUGGUAUACGGCUAUCCACAUUCGCCGAUUACAUGGAAUGCGGCGAUUCUAACCCCGAAGCCCUUGGGCUUUACAUGGCUAAUGCACUAAAUAAGUAUGGAAUUCUUUAUCUUCAUGUAAUUGAGCCUAGAAUGGUGCAAGCUGGGAACAAAGCUGAAACUCCAUAUAGUACACUUCCAAUGAAGAAAGCUUUCAAAGGUACAUUUAUUAGUGCUGGUGGUUAUAAGAAAGUUGAUGGAGACAAGGUGGUAGCCGGUGGGAAUGCGGAUUUGAUUGCGUUCGGGCGGCUUUUCUUGGCGAACCCAGAUUUGCCUAGGCGGUUUGAGCUUGAUGCGGAUUUGAACAAGUAUAAUAGGGCUACAUUCUAUAUUCAAGAUCCAGUUGUGGGAUACACUGAUUAUCCAUUUCUUGAGGUGUGAAAAUGGUGAUAUAAAUAAAUGGAUCAACAAGAUGGUAAGUGCGCAAUGAAGGAACUUACUGGAUUGAUGUUUGGAAAUCUUUAUCAUGAUAAUAAAUUAUGUUAUUUUAAAUAAUAUUAAUAUUAAUUGUGUUUUUAUUA